GAAUGUGGCAUUCAGGGAGAGGAGGGAAAAGCUGAAGGGAGCCGAGGAGCACAGACUAUUUUAAAGUACCAAAGUCAUAAAUUUACUGAGUAAUUGUCGCGUGAAAUCUGCGCGGUGGUGAAACUGGAACAAAACUUUUCUGAAAACUCGUAAAAAAACGGGACGAAAACGGGACUUUGAUGGACUAUCUCCAAAGGGAACAACGCUACUUUUCCAGCUCCGGAGUCUGCCGACAAAUUGCCGCCGUAGUCCGUUAAAACCUGCUGGUUUGAGACUUUCUGACGGUUAAAUAAGAAAGUCCUGACACCUCCCCCUCUUCAUCACCUCCUCUUCCUCCUCCAGCUGAAGCUGACGAGGAGUGUUUCUGUCUCUGGAAAGUUUCCAGACGUGAGGAAGAGGAGGGUCUCGCCUGAACCAGGUCCAGUAUGAAGGUCUGAGGAGGAGGAGGUGAAGCUGGUCCGAACUCGAGGAGGAGGAAGAUGGGGAAGGAGCAGGAGCUGCUGCAGGCGGUGAAGAGCGGAGACCUGCUGUCCACCCAGAAGCUGCUGUCCAAGCUGAAGACCAGCAGGAACAAGCUGCUUGGAUCCACCAAGAGGCUGAACGUCAACUACCAGGACUCAGAUGGGUUUUCGGCGCUGCAUCACGCCGCCCUCACCGGCACCACGGAGCUGCUGGAGGCUCUGCUGGAGGCUCAGGCCACCGUCGACAUCAAGGACAGCAAUGGGAUGCGUCCGCUGCAUUACGCCGCCUGGCAGGGAAAAGCCGAGUCCGUCCUGAUGCUGCUUCGGUCCGGAGCGUCAGUGAACACCGCCUCCAUGGACGGACACAUCCCUCUGCACCUGGCCGCCCAGUACGGACACUUUGAGGUGUCGGAGAUGUUGCUGCAGCAUCAGUCCAACCCGUGUCUGGUCAACAAGGCCAAGAAGACUCCUCUGGAUCUGGCCUGCGAGUUCGGGCGAGCCAAGGUGGCACAGCUGCUGCUGAGCAGCAACAUGGUGGUGGCUUUGUUGGAAGGUGAGAGGAAGGAGCCCACAGACUCCGCCUACACCACCCCUCUACACCUGGCAGCUCGAAACGGACACAAAGACGUCAUACGGCUGCUGCUGAAAGCCGGCAUCGACAUCAAUAAGACCACCAAGUCUGGAACAGCUCUACACGAAGCGUCCCUGUACGGAAAGACCGAAGUGGUCCGACUGCUGCUGGAUGCUGGAGUGGAUGUAAACAUCCGUAACACCUACAACCAGACGGCGCUGGACAUCGUGAACCAGUUCACCACGUCGCACGCCAGCAGGGACAUCAAGCAGCUGCUGCGAGAUGCAACAGGGAUUUUGCAGGUCCGAGCUCUGAAGGACUACUUUAACGUCCACGACCCCACCGCCCUCAACAUCAAUGCUGGAGAUGUAAUCAUGGUUCUGGAGCAGCACAUGGAUGGACGCUGGAAAGGCCACAUCCACGACAUCCAGAGAGGGACUGACAGAGUCGGCUUCUUCCCUCCGUCCAUCGUAGAGGUCAUCAGCAGGAGGAACGGGGGGACCCUGUCCCGGCACGCCUCUCUGCCCACCCAGCGUCAGCAGCUGCUGCCCAGAGCCCCCAUCUCCUCCAGUCUAAGCUCCGCCCCUCAGACCGAUGACUCCUACAGUCUAUACAUCCCCCCCACCCAUGAGGUGCUGCCGCUCCCAAAUGGUCUCACUUCCUGUACAGAACCGAGUCCAUCAGAAUCUCUGUGUCUGAUAGGUUUGUCUCCGAGCCAUCUGUCUCAGUCUGGGUGUCCUUUCGAGGAUAUCUGGGUCCUCAGGGACUCGUGUCAUGCUGGAGACAGAAACAGCGUGGGGAGCACCGGCAGCGUUGGCAGCACCCGAAGUGCCGGCAGCGGCCAGAGUACCGAGAGCACCAACGCUCCCAAUGGGCUCCAGCACAACACCAGUCACCAUGACAGCAAGGUGGCACCCUCUGCUGUCGAUGUAGGUCACCUUGCAGAUCUCAAACAGGCCGACCAUCCUGCAGGUGGGACUCCUCGGAGACACACUGUGACAGUGCAGCGUCCCGCAGAGCCAAGCUUCUCCCAGCAGUUUGUUCGUCCUCAGCAGCUGCUGGAGGGGAAGGAUGCGGAGGCCAUCUACCAGUGGCUGAGCGAGUUCCAGCUGGAGCAGUACACCGGAAACUUCCUGAGCUCCGGAUAUGACGUGCCGACCAUCAGCAGGAUGACUCCCGAGGACCUGACGGCCAUCGGAGUGACCAAACCAGGGCACCGCAAGAAGAUCUCCAUGGAGAUCAACAACCUGAACAUCCCAGAGUGGCUGCCAGAAUACAUUCCUUCGGACCUCAGUGAGUGGCUCAGCGCCAUCGGGCUCCCGCAGUACCACAAGAGACUGGCUGAAAACGGCUAUGACUCCAUAACCAUCGUCAAAGACCUGACAUGGGAAGACCUGCAGGAGAUCGGCAUCACCAAGCUGGGUCACCAGAAGAAGCUGAUGCUGGCGGUGAAGAAGCUGUGUGAUAUCCAGAGGGCCAUCCUUAAUGCCGAAUCGGGCACACUGCGGCGGAAAGGUCCGGGAGCCCUCCAUCUGGUCACCAUUGAGUCGCCCGACGCCAGCAGCGAGUGUUCGUCGCCCAAUACUCCAAAGAUGAUGACCUUCCAAGACAGUGAACUGAGCACCGAGCUGCAGACGGCCAUGUCCGGACCCUACGCUGGCUGUGACGGAGGCUUGGCCAUCAAGAACGCAGUGGGGAUGUCUCAGAGCCAGGAGAGCAUCGACACCCGGUCCAGAGGGUCUGGACGUUCCCAGGAGCCUCCAACCGCCUCCAUCAGCCCCCACAGCUGGUCCCAGGAGAGCUUGGAGGGGAGCCCCGCCAAAGAGAGGAACCUUCCUGAGGGCUGGGACCAGAGACCCAAACAGGUUCCUCUGGGAACCGCCACUGUGUUCAAGUACCCGGCCAUUCCGGCCAAGCCCAAACUCUCUGGAUCUCGGGGCCCCUCUCCUCACGGGUCCCCAGCCCUCAAGGGUUUCAGCUACCUUCACUCUCAAUGCGGCUCCACUGAUCUUAGCUCAUCCUCCAGGCCCCAGAACCACAACCUGACCCUAACACCCCCCAAGAAGCGCACCCAGAGCAUGACUCGCUAUGCUCUGUCGGACGGCGAGCCCGAAGAGGAUGAGGAGGAGCUUGCGCUUCUCUCCGGAAACGUGCCGUCCUACGCCACCUUGACCCGGAAGCCCGGCCGCAGCCAGCUGGCCCGGUUACAGUCGAGCCCUGAGAAGAACGGCAACGUGGGGCGGAGCCAGUCAUUCGCUGUGCGGGCCCGGAAGAAAGGUCCGCCUCCUCCUCCUCCAAAGAGACUGAGCUCGGUGAGCAGCACCACCAGUGGCGAGCUGAGUGACGGCAGCACCACGUCAUCCUCGGGCGGCGUGGUGACUGACAGUCCUGGGAGCGUCCGGAGCAUAGCCGCCACACUGGAGGGCGACAGGAUAAACACAGGAUCCACACAGCCUGAACCGCCACCUCAGUCCCUGAGCCUUGGAGAGGCCGGGCCGAGGAGGAGAGUGCAGAGCGAGUGCAUCCAAACCGGUGCUGGCACUGAGCCGGACCAAGGGUUGAAGUCCGACUCCGAGGAAGAGGAAUCGAAAGGAAAUGGGCUGGAAGGUUCUUCGUCCCCUCAGAACAGCUCCAGCGAGUGCAUCCCCUUUGCCGAGGAGGGGAACCUGACCAUCAAACAGAGACCCAAAGCUCCAGGUCCGCCCAGGGCCGAAGCAGUUCUGGAGCCACCCGACAAAGCACCAGCCAAGAAUCUGGAUGUUCCCGAGUUCAAUCUGAAGGAGUCGGACACGGUGAAGCGCCGACACAAACCCAAAGACAAGGAGACAGGCAGGGACUCUCCCGUCACAUCCGGAGCGACCGAGUACGAGUCCGACAGCAGCAGGCCUUCAUCCCGGAACCAGGAUAGGCCAGAAAGUCCAGCUCAAGGAUCCCCGAUUAAACCUCCGCUGUCUCCAAAACCCGCUGUGGCCCCGAAACCAGUCCGCCAAAGUCUGCUGGCCGCUCAGACAGGACCAGCGUCUCCCACGGUGACCGUCACUGUGGUCCAGAGUGUAGCCUUCACCUCCUCCGGGCCCCCGACUCCGGCCCCUCAGAGCCCGGCCACGGUCAGGCAUCAGGUGUUUGUGGUGGGUCCAGGCCACCUCCACGAGACGUCCGGCGGAACCGAGGUGGUCCAGCAGAGACUGGAUCAGACCAGCACCAGUCUGGCAGCAGCUCUGCAGGCCGUGGAGAGAAAACUGGAGGACGACUCUGACGGCGGCAGGAGCUCCGUCAGGUCUGCCGGGACCAUUCUGGACGACAUUGGGAACAUGUUCGACGACCUGGCCGACCAGCUGGACGCCAUGUUGGACUGAAGACGCAGCGUCCACCUGCAACCUCAGGAAGUGACUAAUGGAUCGGAGGGUGUCCUCCAUCUGUCUCACCCGCUCUGAGGAGCUAAAACCAGCCUGAACACCAGAACCAAACCCACAAACCGGGUCUCAGCUGAACCUGCUCCCUCUGGAAACUGAAAACUGGAGCAAAAUCAGCUGUUUGAUCCAGACUGGGCUGCAACAGCGAAGUUAAAGUUCCUGCUUUCUCUGCUGGAAAAAACAGAGCGUUGUUUAGUUUUCUAUUUAAAGAAAUAUAUUUGAAAAGGGAAGCAUGUCAUCUUCGUGUACAGUGACAUGAACUUCAUACUCAGACUAUUUUUCCAUAUUUCUGAAUGAAAUUAGUAUUUAAAUGAGAUUAAAAAUGAUGUAUUUACAGGAGCAUGUAUUCAACCAAAGCUGUGUACAGAGUUAAAAUGACUGAAUCCUCGUCUUCGUCGUCGUUGUUUGUUAGACCUGCAGCACAUGGAAAUGUCUCCACUUUCUCAGCAUGUUUGUAAUAAAACUGUGAUCAUGUGACCAACA